AUGAGCGCGACCGGGCGAGCCCCGUGCGGCCUGCCGCGCAUCGGCCUGGGCACGGCGGUGCAGGGCCCGCGGCCGGACCCCGUCCGCGCCGCGGUGCUGCGCGCCAUCCAGCUCGGCUACCGCCACUUCGACACGGCCGCGCACUACGCCACCGAGGCGCCCAUCGGGGAGGCCGCCGCCGAGGCCGUGCGCACGGGGCUCGUCGCCUCCCGCGAGGACCUCUUCGUCACGUCCAAGGUCUGGUGCGCCGACGCGCACCGGGACAGGGUGCUCCCGGCCCUCCGCCGGACGCUCAGCAAUCUCCAGAUGGAAUACGUGGACCUGUACAUGGUGCACUGGCCCGUGACCAUGAAGGCCGGGAGGUUCACGGCCCCCUUCACGCCCGAGGACUUCGAGCCGUUCGACAUGCGGGCCGUGUGGGAGGCCAUGGAGGAGUGCCACCGCCUGGGCCUGGCCAAGGCCAUCGGCGUGUGCAACUUCUCCUGCAAGAAGCUCGAGACCCUGCUCUCCUUCGCCACCAUCCCUCCCGUGGUCAAUCAGGUUGAGAUCAACCCGGUGUGGCAGCAGCGGAAGCUGAGGGAGUUCUGCAGGGCGAAGGGCAUCCAGCUAUGCGCCUACUCGCCCCUGGGCGCCAAGGGCACGCACUGGGGCAGCGACUCGGUGAUGGACUCCGGCGUCCUGCACGAGAUCGCCAAGUCCAAGGGCAAGACCGUGGCACAGGUGUGCCUGAGGUGGGUGUACGAGCAGGGCGACUGCCUGAUCGUGAAGAGCUUCGACGAGGGGCGGAUGAAGGAGAACCUGGACAUCGUGGACUGGGAGCUGAGCGAGGAGGAGAGGCAGCGCAUCAGCAAGAUCCCCCAGCGGAAGAUCAACCAGGGCCGUCGCUACGUCUCCGAGCACGGGCCCUACAAGUCCUUCGAGGAGCUAUGGGACGGCGAGAUAUGA